UAUCCUAUCUUUUAUCAGUUUGAAAGACAGAUGAUGAGUUUAAGUUGUGAAAAUAAUUUCGACCCAAAACAAUCAUCUUACUUACUUGGAUUAGAUUAUAAAUAUGGCAGUUGGGGUCAGAGUUUUAUUUUGCUGUAAGCCUAGCUAGCUAGCUAACUAGGAGACAAUAUGAAAUACAUCAAUGAGAUGUUUCACUUCAGCCACCCACAGCACAAGCUCAAGUACCACUACUCCGAGGUCCCCUUCAAGUGCGACGGCUGCAAGGAGGUGGGCAUAGGUUCUCGCUACAAGUGCUCCGGCAAUAGUGGGGGCGGUGGCGCUUGCGACUUCGACCUCCACGUCCACUGCGCGCUCAUCCCCUCGCCCCCAACCCUCCUCCACCCUUUCUACACCAAAUGCUCGUUCCAGUUCCUCCCCCGGCCGCCUGGCACCAUCCCCCGCUACUGCAACGCCUGCGAGCGGGACGUCGCCGGCUUCGUCUACCACUGCCGCUCCUGCGGUUUCGACCUCCACCCCUGCUGCGCCAAGCUCCCGAUGGUACUCCAGGACGGGCACGUCAAGCUCUACCUCUGCAGGAAGGUAGGCACCUCCUGCCACCGCUGCGGCCGGAAGGGCGGCAGCUGGAGCUACCGCUCCGCCUGCAAGAAGUACAAUUUCCACGUUGCUUGUGUCAAGGAGAUGCUGGUAGAGAACUGGCAUGACAUCUACUUUGGUCACCAUGGAAUCGCCGGCGGCGGCGGAGGUAGUAGGAUGGUAGACAGUCGGAUUAUUCCUAGUUUGAAUGGCGGGAUUCAGAGCUACCACAAUCAGAAGAAAAGUAAAGGGAAGGUGAAGAAAGGGUGUGAAAUGGCUGGUUUGGCUCUGCAAUUUGUGGUGUCGGCCGUUCUGGGAGAUCCGACGACUCUCAUAGCAGGCGUUGUGGGUUCACUGAUCUCCAAGUAGUGUUCGGUAUUGAUCAUCUUGGCGCUGUGCUAAAUCCAAUUGCAAGUUAUCAGUUACUGUAAAAUUGUUUAGUCUGGUAGUGGGGGAGAAAUUAAGAUGAUAAUUGAUAACUUGUAAACAGACUUGUAUUGCAUGUGCGUGCCCAGAAAAGAACGGAUCUUUAAUUAACGAUUAUGUUUGGGAUGGAAAAAGACAUUUUAUAAAUUAUUUAAUCCACUCA